AUCAUGGAUCCACGUAACUUCUAUAUUAUACAUUGAAAGCGUCAUAUAGCCAGCCGCCAUUUCCUUUAGCCAAUCAAAGCGUGGCGCUAGAACAGAUUCAUUUGCAUCAGAGCCCCUAUAAGCUCUCUGGCUCGGCCACGGACUGAAUACACAGACCCCAACAACCAAACCUGACUUACAAUGCCUGAGCCUGCGAAGCCUGCGCCCAAGAAGGGCUCUAAGAAGGCCGUCACCAAAGGUGCUGGCAAGCCCGGUAACAAGAAGAGAAGGAAGGGAAGAAAGGAAAGCUAUGCCAUCUACGUGUACAAGGUCCUGAAGCAGGUCCACCCCGACACCGGCAUCUCUUCCAAGGCCAUGAGCAUCAUGAACUCGUUCGUCAACGACAUCUUCGAGCGCAUCGCCUCCGAGGCCUCCCGCCUGGCGCACUACAACAAGCGCUCCACCAUCUCUUCCAGGGAGAUUCAGACCGCCGUGCGCCUCCUGCUCCCCGGUGAGCUGGCUAAGCACGCCGUGUCCGAGGGUACCAAGGCCGUUACCAAGUACACCAGCUCCAAGUAAACUCGAAGCGGCAAAGCUUCAAACCAACGGUUCUUUUAAGAGCCACCCACAUUUCACCCAAAGAGUAACUUUCUAGAACUAAAACCAAACUUGAGCUGUGAUAUACAAAGUCGACUGAAACAAUUCGACCUAUUUAAAAUGCAAUGGCAAUGAUGCGUUCAAUGGAAAUGGGCAAUCUCGGCACAAGCAUGUGCUUUUAAUUGUUUUGUAGUCAACUCAAUUGUUGAAUUAGACGGAAGAAACAUGGACGCUUUGAAAACAUGGUGGUGUAAAAUGGAUCUUGAAUAAAAAACAUUUGAACUGA